AUGAAUUUCAGAUAAGAUCAAAUUGAUUAUAAGGAUCUGGUAAAGAGGAGGGAGGAGAAACGCCUGGUUAUUGGAAAGAAGAAGAAUCAAUUUGCUACAAGUAUUAAGCUUAUUUAUAACCUAGAUUCCCUUUCAAAUAAUGAAGAGGUGUACAAACAGUUAUAUCGCUUUGAUCCAGAGGUAUUGAAAUUUUUAAUAAAAAUAGAGAGAAUUACAAGAAUAUAGUCUAGCUAAGAAUGAAGAAUAACCUAUUUAGUAAGCAGGACCGAUAGAAUAGUCAUAAGAAGAGCCAAUUGAAGAGGAGGAGCAAGUAUUUAUUUAAAUAAUAAUUAUUAGGCAUAACCAGAUAAUGUGACAUAUACUGGUAUGGUAAAAGGAUUAUUUAAGGAGAAGGUGUAAGUAUCUAAAAUACAGAAAGCCAAUUAUAUAGAUGCUACUGUGUUCCACUAAUAUUAAAAACUGAUUUAAACUGGUGAAGAUGCCAUCAAAUUUUUUGCUAAGUAUGGUAAUACUACACCAAUUAAAUUUAUUAAUUGUGUAAGUAAGGCUGGAUUUAUUGAACUCUAAUGUGAAGCUUAUAAUAAAAAAGAUAAAUUAAGACGUCAAAACAAUACUGAUGUUGCUGAACUCGAAUUACCUAUGGAAUUCAAUAAAAGUAAGGAACCAUUCAGACCUUAUGAUCUCAUUGUUGUCAAGACAAGAGAAAAUUAAAAGGAAUAAACUUUAAGAGAGUAUUAUACUAUAUCUGCUCAUGGCAUAGUACAUGUCUAUACAGAUAAAGGAAAGAAAAGAAUGCAAGGAGAUUCUAGUACUGAAGUUAUUUCACUCUCAGAUUGGAUGCAUGAAAGUACUAUGUUCAAUAUUAUCACUAAUAUUUAAUUUUUCAAAAAUUAUGCCAUAAGUAAUUAUUUAUAUUUUAUUAUUCUAGCCAAAAUAUUCAAUAUUUGGAAAUCAAAUGUGAGAUAUAAUUUAUUUAGUAAGACUAGAAAAAGAUUAAUUCAUGAAUCCUUUGUUGCUAAACCAGCUUUUGCUUAACAUUUAAUGGAUAUCAAUUAAAUGAUGUAUGAAUUACAACUUCAAAAAACAUUAAGCAAUAGUAUUUAAUAAGCUAAUAAAACAUGGGAAGCUGAUGAUUUCUUCAAAGGAGAUUAAAAGAAAGCUAGAUCUGAUGCAUCUAAACAUUAUGAUUCUGUUAUUGAUAAAGUCUUAUAAAAGUUAGAUACUGUUUGUAAAGAAGUUAUUGAUAGAACUAAUUAAAAUAACUAAUAAGAAAAUGAAGAAGCAAGAUUUGGUCAAUAAGUUAAAUAAAAACCAAUGAAUGAAGAAAGAAAAGAAAAAGAAGAAAAUGCCUUACUUUUAUAAUUAGCUGAAAAGGACAAAGGAAGAUUACAUUUGUUCAUUAAAUUAGUCGAUUAUAUGACUGUUGAAACUCUUGUUUCUAUUAAUCAAACUUCCAUGAGCAUGUUAUUAGAAGAAAUGAAAAAAGAACGCAAAAAUGGAUUAUUUAAUACAGCAGUUAAUUUUGAUGUUCAAAUUUUUACACCUGAUGAAAAAGAAAUCUCAGAACAUUUAAAAUGUUUAUUAGAUGAUAUGAUUGUAGUAAUGAGAAAUACUGCUAGAGUCAUAUCUCAUUAAAGUAUGAUUGGAUAUAUCAAAAAUACUAAAUUAGGAGAAUUGUUAUCUGAAUAAAAAGAAAACAAAGAUUGUAUUGCAGAUGUCUAAGGUAUAAUUACUGAUAGCAUUGAAUAUUAAAAUAUCAAAAAUGAAAUAUUUGAAAAAGUUACUAGUGAUUUUUUAGCUGCUGAAAUUUAUGUAAAUUAAAAUUAUAUGAAAUGCAAACCCAUUUAUGAAUUUUUAAAUACAUGGAAUUAAAGUGAAUUUGAAAAAGAAGAACACACUCUCGAUAUCAUUAAAUCUCAUGUCAUGGAACUUAAAAAAUGGUUAUCAGAUAUUAAUUAGUAUAUCAAAGACAUUGCUAAAGGAAUUCUUAAUGUUGAUGGUAAAAAAAUUAAAAACAAACUUUAACCAUAAGUUAUUACUAAAUUAGAAAAUUUUAAAGAAUAUUUAUAUAAAUUAAUGUAAAAGAAAGCUAAUUAAACAUUAACUACAUUAUAGACAUAUACUUCCAAUUUAUCAAAGAAUCCACAAAAUCUUAAAGAAUAUGCAGAAUUUAUUGAAGCUAUUUAAGAAGCUGAAUAAAAUAUUAAAGGACUUGAAUUAGCAAAAAUAGAAGUUGAAGCUAUGCAUUCGUUAUUGAAAUCAAAAUUUGAUUUGAAUCCCCUUAAAAACUCUGAUAUUGUUAUGAUGGAUGAUAUUUAAGCAGAAUAUUUAAGAUUAGCAUUGAAAAUUAAAGAAGCUGAAGAAUUAUGUAAAGAGAGAAAAUAAGAAAUGAUGAAAAAGCAUGAAGCUGAAUUUGGUAAAUUCAUUACAAAUAUUUAAAAUACCACUGGAUCAGUUAAUAAAGGAAAAUUAAUAUUAGAAGAUACUUAGCCUGCUGAUGCACUCUAAUAAUUAAAUGAAAUUAAAACAAGAUCUUUAGAUAGAUUUAAGGAUAUGGAUAAAAAUUAUUUACAUUAUGCUAAGUUGAUGGGGUUAAGUGUUUCAACAAAUAAAGAUUUACAAGAAUUAGAAGCAACAUAUAAUGAUAGAAGAAUGUUAUGGACACAUUCUGAUAAAUUCAACAAAUUAUAUGAAGAUUUGUAAAAAAAUAUAUUUACGACUUUGAAUGUUGAAGAAAUAGAAAAAGAAAUGAAAAGCUAUGAAAUAGGAAUCUUGAAACUAAGAUAAAAUAUUAAUAAUCUAUCAAAAGAAGGAAGAGAUAAAGUAUUAGAUUAACAUGCUUCUAGAGUAAGCAAUGUUUCAACUAUUAUGCCUGUAAUUUAAGCAUUGGGAAAUAAGGAUUUAAGACCAAGACAUUGGAAGAAAAUAUUUGAAGAUUUAGGUUCUUCAUGGUAACCAGGGAAAACAUUUACACUCUAAGAAUUAUUGGCAGAUGGUGUAAUGAAUAAAAGAGAAAAAAUUGAAGAAAUAUCAGCUAAAGCAUCUGGUGAAGCUAGUAUUGAAGCAUAAAUAGAAGAUAUUAAAUCAAAAUGGUCGCAACUAUCAUUUAUAGUUAAUCAUUAUAGAGAAGCUAAAGAUAAAUUUAUAAUUGGUUCUUUGGAUGAUAUUAUUGCUGCAUUGGAUGAUCAUUAAUUAAAAGUUUAAACAAUGUUAGGAACUCGUUUUGUAGCAGAGAUUCGACCAGUUGUAGAAGAGUGGGAAAGAAAGUUAGUAUUAAUAUCAGAUAUUAUUGAUGAAUGGUUAUCUUGUCAAAGAUAAUGGAUGUAUUUAGAAAACAUUUUCAGUGCAGAUGAUAUUCAAAAAUAAUUGCCUUAAGAAACAACAAAAUUUAUGGGAGUUGAUAAAUUUUGGAGAGAUAUUAUGUUGAAAACUUUUAAAAGACCUUUAGUAUAGGAUUGUUGUAAUUCAGAGGAACUAUUAAAAAAAUUUUAGAUAAAUAAUAAAAUUUUGGAAGAUAUAUAAAAAAGUUUAGAUAAUUAUUUAGAAACAAAAAGAUAAGCAUUUCCAAGAUUUUACUUUUUAUCAAAUGAUGAACUAUUAGAAAUAUUGUCAUAAACUCGUAAUCCUCAUGCAGUGUAAGCUCAUUUAAGAAAGUGUUUUGAUAACAUAAACAGAAUAAAAUUUUCAGACAUAGAAGAUUCAACAGAAAUAAUAGCUAUGCAAUCAGCAGAACCAGAGACAAUGCCAGAAUUAGUUCCAUUUUCAACAGUAGUAAUGGCUUAAGGUCCAGUUGAACAUUGGUUAUUGAGAAUAUAGAAUAUGAUGGUUAAAUCAUUAUAUGAUAUAACAAAGAAAGCAUACUUUGCAUAUCCUUAAAAAGAGUUGGAGAGAGAUGAGUGGUUAUUUGAUUAUCCAGCAUAACCAGUUUUGACAGUUGAUUUAAUAAAAUGGACAGAAGGAUGUACAACAGCAAUAGAGAGAAUGGGAAUGGGAAGAAAGACAUCAUUAUCAUAAUAUUAUGAUUUUAUGGUUUCUUUAUUAAAUAGGGAAGUAUCAAUAGUGAGAGGAGAUUUGAAUACUUUAUAAAGAACAUUAAUGGGUGCAUUGAUUGUAUUGGAUGUACAUGCUAGAGAUGUUGUAGCAACAAUGGUUGAAAAGAAUGUUUAAUCAUUAAAUGAUUUUGAAUGGGCUAAAUAAUUGAGAUAUUAUUGGGAAGCAGAUGUAGAUAAUUGUGUAGUGAGAUAAACAAAUACAAGAUUUAUAUAUGGUUAUGAAUAUUUGGGUAAUGGACCAAGAUUGGUUAUAACUCCGCUUACAGAUAAAUGUUAUAUGACAUUAACAGGAGCAUUACAUUUAAAUUUUGGUGGAGCUCCUGCUGGACCAGCUGGUACUGGUAAAACAGAAACAACUAAAGAUUUAGCUAAAGCUUUAGCUGUAUAAUGUGUGGUCUUUAAUUGUUCUGAUGGUUUAGAUUUUAAAACUAUGGGUAGAUUCUUUUCAGGAUUAGCUUAAUGUGGAGCUUGGGCUUGCUUUGAUGAAUUUAAUCGUAUAGAUAUUGAAGUCUUAUCAGUCAUUGCUUAAUAAAUUCUUACAAUUUAAUAGGCUAUUAGAUAAAAAGUUGAUUAAUUUGAAUUUGAAUCACGCACCAUUCCUCUAAACCGUAGAUUUGGAGUAUUUAUUACAAUGAACCCAGGAUAUGCAGGUAGAACUGAAUUACCAGAUAAUCUUAAAGCUUUAUUUAGACCUGUAGCUAUGAUGAUUCCUGAUUAUGGUAUGAUUGCUGAAAUUAUUCUUUUCUCUGAAGGUUUUGAAGCUGGUAGAGUUUUAGCUCGUAAAAUGGUUAAUUUGUAUUCUUUAUCUUCUGAAUAAUUAAGUAAACAAGAUCACUAUGAUUUUGGUAUGAGAGCAGUCAAAUCAGUCUUAGUUAUGGCAGGGGCAUUACGUAGAAAAAAUGCUAAUAAACCUGAAAAUGAAGUCCUUAUCAAAGCUAUGAAGGAUAGCAAUGUACCCAAGUUUCUUGAACAUGAUUUACCAUUGUUCAAUGGAAUUAUUAAAGAUCUAUUCCCAGAGGUUGACAUGAAAGAAGAAAUUGAUAAAUAAUUAGUAGAUACCAUCACUAAUUAACUUAAAUUGAUUCACUAUGAUGAUCCUGCUGCUUUUAAAAAGAAAAUUUGUUAACUUAUGGAAACCAUUUAGGUCAGACAUGGAGUCAUGGUUGUAGGAUUAACUGGAACUGGUAAGACAACCUUAAUUCACACACUUGCAAGAGCAAUGGAAUAAUUAAAUAAAGAAGGAUCUUAAGAUUAUUAUCAUAAAGUUGUCUAAAAGUAAACACUCAAUCCAAAAUCAGUAACUAUGAAUGAAUUGUUUGGUUAUACUAAUGUCUUGACCAAUGAAUGGACUGAUGGUAUAGUUGCAAGCAUUGUAAGAACAGCUGUUACUGAUACAACUGACUAAAAAAAGUGGAUUAUAUUUGAUGGACCUGUUGAUGCACUUUGGAUUGAAAAUAUGAACACAGUUUUGGAUGAUAAUAAAAUGCUUUGUUUAAAUAAUGGUUAAAGAAUUAAAUUACCUGCUACAUUUACUAUGAUGUUUGAGGUUUAAGAUUUAGCAGUUGCAUCUCCGGCUACUGUUAGUAGAUGUGGUAUGGUUUAUAUGGAACCACAUCAUUUAGGUUGGGAACCAUUAAUCAAAACUUGGGGAGUUUAACUUAGAGAAUAGUACAUGAAGGAUGAUAAAGUUCCAACUUAUGUUGAUACACUUAUUGAUAAAAUAGAACAUUUCUUUAAGGAUAAUCUUAAAGUUGUGAGAGAAGAAUUCAAAGAGAAAAUUCCAACGACUGUUAAUAAUAUCUUGAAAUCCCUAUUAAAUUUGGCUUAAAUAAAUUUGAAAUAAUUGACCGAAACGGUUAAUUUAGAGAAAAUGAAUAAAUUUGAUAUGGAAUCUCAUAUUGCAAUGGUGUUGAUCUUCAGUUACAUUUGGAGUGCUGGUGCCAAUCUACAUGAUUCUAGCAGAUCUUAAUUUAGUUAAUAUCUAAAAGGAAAGAUCAUAUCUCUAUUCAGUGGAUUCCCAUUUGAAGGAGAUGUCUAUGAUUAUUAUUGCGAUUACAAGAGCAAAGAAUUUAAGCCUUGGACUGAUAAAAUUUAAGAAUUUAAAUAUAAUUCUAGCAUUCCUUAUUUCAAUAUAUUAGUGCCUACAAGUGACACAGUUAAAUUUAAAUAUUUAAUUACUUAAUUAAUAGAGGGAGGUUUUAAUAUUCUUUUAUCAGGAGAAACAGGUACUGGAAAAACUGUUAUAAUUAAUGAAUAUUUAUAUAGUUUAGAAUAAGAAAAGUUUGUUUUCUCUACACUUAAUUUUUCUGCAUAAACAAGUGCUAAGAAUUUGUAGGAUCUUUUUAUGGAUAAAGAUAAAUUUAUGAAAAAGAAGAAAGAUUUAUUAGGUCCACCAGCUGGUCGUAAAAUGAUUCUCUUUAUAGAUGAUGUCAAUAUGCCAGCAUUAGAAAAAUAUGGUGCUUAACCACCAAAUGAAUUAUUUAGAUAAAUUAUAGAUCAAGGAGGAUUUUAUGAUCUCAAAAAAUUAUACUUUAUGUAUGUUAAAGAUUGUCAAUUCAUUACAGCUUGUGCUCCUCCUGGAGGUGGACGUAAUCCUGUAACACCUCGUUUAUUUAGACAUUUCAAUUAAACAUGGUGUCCAGAUCUAUCUUAAAGAUCUAUGGAAGUUAUUUUCACUGCAAUUCUAAAAGGAUUUCUUAUGGAGUAAAAUAAAGGAUUGGAUAAGUUUGCAUCUUAUAUUGUCAAAUCAAGUGUAGAGAUCUAUUUUAAAAUUACUAAGGAAUUAUUACCCACCCCAACCAAAUCUCAUUAUACUUUCAACUUAAGAGAUCUUAGUAAAGUUAUUCAAGGAAUAUUAUAAAUCAGAUAUGAAAACUUAACUAAUAAAGAAAUGCUUAUUCAAUUAUGGGCUCAUGAAUCACAAAGAGUAUUCCAAGAUAGAUUGGUUGAUGAUAAAGAUAGAGAUUGGUUUUUAACUCUAUUAAUGGGUCAUACUCAAAGAGUCUUUGAAUUUGAAUGGGAAAAACCUUAAGUUUAGAAUUUACUCUUUGGUGAUUAUGGAAAUGCUAAUAAAGAUUACAUUAGAAUUGAUAAUCCAUAAGAAUUACCACGAAAAUUCUAAGAAUUCUUAAAUUUAUAUAAUGCAUCUUAAAAGUAAAUGAAUCUUGUGUUCUUUACUGAUGCUAUAAUGCAUUUAAGUAGAUUGUGUAGAAUACUAAGAUAACCUAGAGGUAAUGCACUUUUGAUUGGUGUUGGUGGAUCAGGAAGAUAAUCUCUAACUAAAUUAUCUGCUUAAACUCGAGGUUAAACUGUAUUUAGCAUAGAAAUCACUAAAAAUUAUAGAGAAUAAUCAUGGAAAGAUGAUCUUAAAAAACUACUAAAAACAGCAGGAGCUAAAGAUUAACCUGUAGUAUUCUUAUUUUCUGAUACUUAAGUAGUUAGAGAAUCAUUUUUAGAAGAUAUUAACAAUGUUCUUAAUACAGGAGAAGUGCCAAAUUUAUGGGCAACUGAAGACAUUGAAGAAAUAAUUAAUGAUGUUAGACCAUUGGCAAAGGAAUAAGGAUUAUAUGAUUCUAGAGAUGUUCUACUUAAAUUCUUUGUAAGUCGUGUUAGAGAGAAUCUACAUAUAGUCUUAGCAUUCUCUCCAGUAGGAGAAAAGUUAAGAAAUAGAUGUAGGUAGUUUCCAUCUAUUAUCAAUUGUUGUACAAUCGAUUGGUUUGAUAAAUGGCCCGAUGAAGCACUGAGUAGUGUUGCUAUGAAAGAAUUGGGAGGAUAGGAACAUCUAGGUAUUGGAGAAUUUGUUGAAAGCUUAGCAAACAUGUCAGUUAUUAUACAUUCAGAUGUGAAAACCUACAGCGAAAGAUUUUAUGAUGAAUUAAGAAGGAAAAACUAUGUUACACCAACAAGUUAUUUAGAAUUAUUAAAAUUAUACAUAGAUAUGAUGAAAGUAUAAUCAAACAUUUUGCCAUAAAAAAUAAAGAAAUAUACUGUUGGUUUAUAGACUUUGAAAGAUACUAAUGAGGAAGUUGGUAAAUUAUAAAAGAAAAUUAUUGAAUUUUAACCAAUUCUUGAAUAGAGUGCAAAAGAUAAUGCUAAAAUGAUGGUUGAAUUAGAAGGUAAAACUAAAGAAGCUAAUUAAACUGAAUAAAUAGUUUCAAAAGAAGCAGCAGAAGCAUAAAAGAAAAAGGAUGAAGUUAAUGAAAUGAGAGAUUCUUGUUAGGCUGAAUUAGAUUAAGCAUUACCAAUUUUAGAAUAAGCUUAAAAAGCAGUUUAAAGUAUUGAUAAAAGUGCAAUCAAUGAAAUGAAAGCCUUAAAAACUCCACCAAAUUUAGUUUAAAUUGUUAUGUGUGCAGUUAAUCUACUGUUUGGAGAAAAAGAAGACUGGCCCUCUGCUUAGAAAUUACUUGGGCGUAUGACAUUUAUUCAAGAUCUUUUGGAGUUUGAUGUUACUUAGGUACCAGAAAGAAGAUUACAGAAACUAAAGCAAACAUAUUUAAGUAAUCCUGAUUUCACAAAAGAAAAGAUUUUGAAUGUAUCAUAAGCAGCAACAACUUUAUUAGUUUGGGUAGUUGCAACUGAAAAGUUUGCUUAAGUUAAAAAAGUGGUAGGUCCUAAAGAAAAAGCAUUAAAAGAAGCAGAAGCAUCCUUAAAAAAGGUUGAAUAAGAAUUAGCUGUAAAGAUGGGAUAAUUGAAGGAAGUUUAAGAUAUGGUUAAUGAACUUAAGAGAAAUCUCUAAUAGUCUAUAAGUAAAUCUGAAAUGUUGAAAUAAUAAUAAUAGACAGCUGAAAUCUAAUUAGUAAGAGCAGAGAAAUUAGUUUCAGGAUUAGCUAGUGAAGCUGAAAGAUGGAAGGUUAAUGCUGCAUUAUUAGAAGAAGAUUUAAGAAAUCUUGUUGGAAAUAUUAUAUUGGCUGCUGGAUCUAUUGCAUAUCUUGGACCAUUCACUUACAAUUACAGAUCUGAAAUUAUAGCCAAAUGGAUUAACAAUUGUAAAGAAUUAAGUAUUCCUGUAAGUGACAAUUUCACUCUCUAAAGAAUUUUAGCAGAGGAAGUUACUAUUAGAGAAUGGUAAGAAGCAGGAUUACCUGCAGAUAAUUUAUCUAUUGAUAAUGGAAUCUUUGUUUAUAAUUGUAGGAGAUGGCCAUUGAUUAUUGAUCCUUAAGGUCAAGCUAAUAAGUGGAUAAAAGCUUUAGGAAAGGAAACUAAUUUGCAGAUUACUAAAUUAAGUGAAAGCAAUUUCCUAAAAACGCUUGAAAAUUCUAUUCGUUUUGGAUAAUAAGUCUUAAUGGAAAAUGUAGAAGAAGAACUUGAUCCAUCUUUAGAGCCCAUAUUAUAAAAACAAAUUUUCAAAAAAGGAGCUUAAUAUCUAUUACGUUUAGGAGAUUAAGAUAUUCCAUACAAUAACGAAUUCAAGUUAUAUUUCACUACUAAAUUACCAAAUCCACACUACAUACCUGAAAUAAGUAUCAAAACUACAAUCAUCAACUUUACUGUCACACCCUAGGGAUUAGAAGAUUAAUUACUUGUUGAAGUCGUCAGAUAAGAAAGAAUUGAUUUAGAAGAAAAAAGAGUUAAUCUCAUACUCUAAAUUUCAUAAGACAAGAGAUAGUUAUAAGAAUUGGAGGAUAAAAUAUUAAAAUUAAUAUCAGAAGCUUAGGGAAGAAUACUGGAAGAAGAAGACUUAAUUACAACUUUGGAUGCAUCUAAAAUCACAUCAGAUACAGUGAAUUAACGUAUGGCUUAGUCAAAGAUCACUGCAGAAGAGAUCAAUUAAGCAAGAGAAUAAUAUCGUAUAAUUGCUAGAAGAGGAUCAGUUAUUUACUUUGUAAUAGCAGAUCUGGCUUUGAUUGAUCCUAUGUAUCAAUAUUCUUUAGAGUUCUUUAUUAAAUUAUUUAAAAAGAGAUUAGAAGUAGCACCAAAUCCUCCAUCUUUAGAAGAAAGAUUGGCUGUGUUAAUUGAUGAUAUUACAAAAGCAUUUUAUAUAAAUAUUUGCAGAGGAUUAUUUGAGAAAGAUAAAUUGUUAUUUAGUUUUUUGAUAGCAAGUAAAAUCUAAUUAUAGGCUUAAUAUAUACAUGCAAGAGAAUGGAAUCUAUUCUUAAGAGGAGGAACAGGUGCAGUACCUAAUGAAGAACAUCCAUCAUUUUUAAAUGAGAAAUCAUGGAAGAAUUGUAUGAAGUUAAGUAAGUAAUCUCAUGUAUUUGCAUAAUUAACAACGUCUUUGAAAGAUAGUAAUGAUGAAUCAUUAUGGAGAGAAAUAAUAGAUGUAUAGGAUCCAUGGAAAUGUGACUUACCUCUUGUAUUCCGUUCUUUAGAUCCAUUUUAGAAGUUAUUAUUAUUCAAAACACUUAGAGAUGAAAAGUUAGUUAUUCUAAUUAAGAAUUAUGUUUCAGAUACAUUAACAUCUUUCUUUAUAGAGCCUCCUGUUUUUAAUUUGAAAGGAGCAUUUUAAGAUUCAUCUUGUACAACUCCUAUAAUCUUUGUUUUAUCUCCAGGAGCUGAUCCAAUCACAUAUUUAUUAAACUUAGCUAAAGAUAUGGAGAUGGAAACUAAAUUAAAGAUUAUUUCAUUAGGUUAAGGAUAAGGUAAUAUCGCAAAAGAAUUGAUAAAGACAGGAAGAAGAACAGGAGAUUGGGUAUGUUUAUAAAAUUGUCACUUGGCAAUAACAUGGAUGCCAGAAUUAGAAAGAAUUUAAGAAUUAUAAGUAGAGGCAGAUACUGAUGCCAAUUAUAGAUUAUGGUUAACAAGUAUGCCUACUGAUAAAUUCCCUGUUCCAGUAUUAUAAAGUGGUAUUAAAUUAACAAAUGAACCACCUAAAGGAUUAAAAGCUAAUGUGAUGAGAACUUAUAAUGAUCUUUCAGGUUAUGAUUCAUGUACCAAAUAAGAUGAAUAUAAGAAACUUUUAUUCUCUUUGGCUUUCUUCCAUGCAGUUAUUUUAGAAAGGAGAAAGUUUGGACCAAUCGGUUGGAAUAUUCCAUAUGAAUGGAUGAAUUCAGAUUUUGAAACUUGUUAAUUGUAAUUGAAGAUGUAUUUAGAUGAAUAGCCAGAAGUUCCAUAUUAGACAUUAAAUUAUAUUAUUUCAGAAAUCAAUUAUGGUGGCAGAGUUACAGAUGAUAAAGAUGUUAGAUUGAUUACUGAUUUACUCAAGUAGUAUUUCUGUCCAGCUGUAUUAAAUGAUCCAAAUUAUAUAUUCUCAUCUAGUGGAGUUUAUCAUCCUCCUUAGAUUCUUGAUUUACAAUCAGUUAUCUAAUAUAUAAGUUCAUUACCUUUAGAAGAUGACCCAGAAGUCUUUGGAUUACAUGCUAAUGCUAAUAUUACUUUCUAAUAAAAAACAGUUGCUGAAUUCAUGAGUACUUUAUUAUCAGUACAACCAAGAAUGGUAGCAGAAAAGGGAGUUGAAGAAACACCUGAUUAGAUUGUUUUUAAAGUAGCAAAAGAAAUUUUAGGGAAAAUUCCUCCACUUUUAGUAUAAAAAAAAGAAGUGGCUAUUGAAUCUUUGGCUAUUUUUAGAUCAUAAGAAGUUGAUCGUUUUAUUAAAUUAGUUCGAGUAAUGAAAAAUUCAUUAGAAUUGUUACAAAAAGCUAUUUAAGGAUUAGUUGUUAUGUCUAUUGAAUUAGAAAAAAUGUUCAAUUCUUUCUUAGAUGCUAAAGUUCCUGAGAAUUGGGAAAAUGUUGCCUAUCCAUCUUUAAAACCUUUAGGUUCUUGGGUUACUGAUCUCAUUCAAAGAUUGGUAAUUAAUAUUAUUAUUUAUUUUUAGGAAUUCUUUAAAUAAUGGUUAGAAAAUGGAACAUUGAAAUCUUAUUGGUUAUCAGCUAUGUUCUUCCCUCAAGGUUUCAUGACUGCUGCCAAAUAAACUUAUGCUCGUAAGACAAAAACACCUAUAGAUACUUUAACUUUUAGAACUUAAGUCAGACCAUUCUACAAGGAUAAUAUUUAAGAUAUUCCUUAAGAUGGUAAUUAAUUAUUUAAUUAUUUAGGUGUCAAUAUUGAUGGUCUUUACUUAUAAGGAUGCAAAUGGGAUGUUGGAACUAAUAAAUUGGAAGAAUCUGAUCCUUUAGUAUUAUUCUAAGAAAUGCCUGUUGUUUGGUAUUUAUUUUAAAAUCUAUUAGAAUAGGCUUGAACCUGUUAUGGCAUCAGCUUAAAAUUAAAAUUCUUAAAAAUUAUACAAAUGUCCUCUUUACAAGACUUCUACAAGAAGGGGAACACUUUCAACAACAGGUCAUUCAACCAACUUUGUUUUAUAUCUGGAAUUAAAUACUGGAGUGGAACCAGCAGUUUGGACUAGACGUGGAGUUGCACUAUUAUGUCAGCUUGAUGAUUGA